GAUAUCUUAGUCCUGGAGAGAGUAUAUAUGAAGUUGAGUCUUUUACUAAAUUGUUUAGUGUAUUCCCAGUGUAUUACCAUUUUUUUUAAUUUUUAACAUACAUCCUCUGUUCCCAAGUGAUGAAGGUUGUUCACCCAAUCUGAAAUAACCACCAUGGAAGUAGACCAUGCAUAGCAAUAAGCCAACAAAACGUCGGCAAAUUAAUUAAUUCACCAUAUGGAAAAGUAAUUUAAAUGUGUACUCAAAAAAAUCGAAUUUCAAAAAUUACAAACUUGCGUUUGUACAUACCGGUAUCCCUUAUUAUCAAAUAUGUUGUCUAGCCCUAAACAUAUUUCACUUGAUUUACAGAUCAACACCCCACUCCAUUAAUAUUGGCAAAACUACAUUUUCAAAGUUCAUACUGUAUAUUCUGUCCUGGUAACAACAGCCACAAGUAAUAUAAAGUUACAUCUCCAAUGCCCUAUUACAUUGGCAAGUGAGGGUAGCCCAGGCAUGCCACUUAAAAACAGUUAUGAAACCUACACCUCAGCACUUUUAACCACAAAAAUGCUUAUCAAUAGGUUGUGUUUGGGGUCAACAGGUUAUAUAGAGGGUCAUAUCUUUUCUACACUCAUUAUGUCAAAAGACUUAACAUUGACUUGACCAUGUUUUUUAUAUUAGUAUUCAUGAUGGAAGACCCUGCAGAGGGAAAUUGCUGUUGGCUAUUUUUUCCAAUGAUGAAAUGUAUGUGUAAUAACAUGGGAAACGUUGGUACUACGUAUGACGUCAUAGACACCUUAUUUUACUAGAUAUAGCAUAUGAUUUGCGUGAUUUAAUAAUAAAAGGCAAGGUGGAAUUCAGAUUAUUACUAUCUUUUUAAAGCAGUGUUGUUAUUACUUAUUACACUGUGUUAGUCUAUUUGGCAAUAUGGUAUAGAUCAAUAAUUCACAAAAAGUGGCGCCUUUUCUUAUGUAUUCUGGGACCUUUUUGAACCCGUUUCUUGUUGCUGAUUAACCACAAUGUCCACUCCAGGAAGUUCUAUUAGCAUGUCAUGUAAUGGUCAUGAUAUAUUUUUCACCGAUACUACCAUGUCGACUCGACAGUCUUCAUAGAAGAAAGUAAGCUAUCCGAGCACUAUUAAAAAACAGUUUGUGGUGGCAACCACAAGAUCAACAGCAGGGGGCUCUUAAAUACAUCGAAAAUGAGACUCCUUUGACUCGUUUGAAAGAUGCGCCUUGGAAAACCUUCAUGUACAUAGACGAAAACAAACAAAAGUGUAACAAGCUACACACACUCAAUAUUGUGUAUCUGUACAUUACAUUUUGACAACAAAAAAAACAUCCCAGUGAUAAUUCGUGUAAUGUUGAAAAUGACUUGCAUAAACGGUUGUGGGAAGCAGGUGAAGUCACAGGUAACUAUCUGGUCUUCUGUCAGGACAUGAACCUGAAAGAGCGCGACAGUGGAGUGAAAGCAGACUUGACCAAUACAAUUCACAAGGCGAGGGUUUGACCGAGGACUCACUGAUCCGUAAAUACUACCAACCGCGGGGAAAAGACCGCCAAUGAUAACGUGCGCCCUAGUAGAGCCAGAAAGGAGGAAGUGUGUCGUAGUGAAAGCAUGGAGUUGAGGACAACUCGGCCAGCCAGCAACUGCAGGUGCCUGAGACAGUCCUAGACAAGCGAAUUCAUAAAGGCGGGGUGAAGUAAUCGGAAUGUCUGGGGGACAUUAGUCAUGUGCCUUCGCACCGCAACGGUGCCACUGUGUAUUUUUCACAGUGCGUUUUUAAAAAGAGGUGUUUGACACAGACAGGUAGGAUUGUUGUUUUCUGCUGUUUAAAUUCCACGGUUUACCACCGGUGUUUCAACAACCAUGGAUACGCCGAGGGAUAAAGUGAAGAAACAAGCUAUUAAAUCGAAAUCAACAAAACGUAAAGACAAGAAAUACAAAUCAGGAAAAGUCUUCAGACGGAAAUCUUUGAAGUCACUUGGGAAUUUUAUGAACCGGAUUUUGAAAACUUUGGGCACUUUAGCACACUUUGGCGACGUCGACCCCGUUGACGGAGAGGAUGAUGAUGGUGGGUUUCGAGACAGUGCGGGGUGCACUUUGAGCGCCAACUCAGGGAAUUUUAAAGAGGAUUUUCACGGCGCCAGGGGGAAUACUUUGAAAAAGAGCUCUACGUUGUCUUCCCAUGGGUCAGUGAAAGAUCGAUUGUCGUGGUGCUAUGGCGACAAAACUCCUGGCGUCUUGGGUUUGAAGAAUCAUGGCAACACUUGUUUCAUGAACGCUGUAGUUCAGUGCCUGAGCAACACUGAUCUCUUGGCGGAAUAUCUUGGUUUGGAACAGUACAAAUCGGAUUUAUGUCAAAGGAGGGUCAAUGGAAUAGUAAAAAAUGAGGAGCUUGUUUCCGUCAGAGGUGAGGUGACGGAGCAACUGGCGGCUCUUGUGCGAGCGCUUUGGACGCUGGAAUACACGCCACCGCUGUCAGUCGAAUUCAAGAGCAUCGUGUCCAAGUAUGGCACCCAGUUCCGGGGGAACUCUCAGCACGACGCCCUGGAGUUUCUGCUCUGGCUCCUGGACCGAGUGCACGAGGAUGCCAACCCCACCCCCAACAACAACAACAGCAGCAGCAAGACCAAAGCCCCUGCUGUGGUUCAGGCGGGAGCAGAGACCAUCGCUCCAGCUGGUCCAGUGAACACUCAGCAGCCAGGGACACGCUACAGCUUCGUACAGGAACACUUCCAGGCCCAGUACAGGUCCUCUCUGACGUGCCCACAUUGCCUUAAACAGAGCAACACGUUUGACCCCUUCCUGUGCAUCUCUCUGCCCCUCCCACUGCGCCAGACCAGACCUCUGAAUGUCACGCUGGUCUUCAGCACCAAGGGCCAGCGGUACCUGCGGGUGGGGCUGGCGGUGCCUCUGUUGGGAUCCAUGUCGGCACUGCGCACCAUGGUGGCCGAGGAGGGGAAGAUCUCUCCGGACCAGGUUAUUCUGACUGAGAUCUACCCGACUGGGUUCCAGCGCUCCUUCUCCGAUGACGACGACCUGACCAGCAUCGCCGACAGCGACGUCAUCUACGCCUUUCAGACCCCGCCCCUCUACAGCAAGGGAGGCUCAGCACGAUUCUCAGGGUACCACCACAGCCUCCCCUCCUCCCCCUACACCUCUGGCCCAGAGGGUCACAGGCUGCCUCCCUCUGGCACCUUGUCCUCAGAGUUCCUGAACCAGGGCGGCACCAGCAAGAUCCAGCUUCUCAUCUGCAACACCGCAGGCUCUGGCCAGCAGGCAGUAAGGUUUGGACCUCCAUUUCUGAUGCGUGAAGAGAGGACCCUCUCAUGGGACCAGUUCCAACAGAGCAUCCUUAGUAAACUCUACUACCUGAUGCUUAAUAGCGCUCAAGCACAGAACGGAGGGGUGCUGUUCAAGAUUCGUGUGGUGGGAGGAUCCACAUCCUACAGCUACUUAUCCCCCCAGGACAGCCGCCCUCUCUGCCACCCAGCAGUUGACCGGGCCCUGAAGCUGUGUGGUCGUGGAGGUCCGGCGCAUGUGAAGCUCAUCAUCGAGUGGGAACACAAAGUCAAGGAAUGUCUGUUUGGGAACAUCCAGGAGGAGGUGGUGAAGGACGCAGAGAGUGUGCGGGUUCAGCAGCAGCAGCACCUCCAGCAGCACAGCUGCACCCUGGACGAGUGCUUUCAGCUCUACACCAAAGAAGAGCAGCUAGCGCCAGACGACGCCUGGAAGUGUCCCCACUGCAAGCAGCUGCAGCAGGGCAUGGUGAAGAUGAGCCUGUGGACGCUGCCCGACAUCCUCAUCCUGCACCUCAAGCGCUUCCGGCAGGUGGGCGAGCGCCGCAACAAGCUCUCCACGCUGGUGCACUUCCCCCUGGCCGGCCUGGACAUGGGCCCCCACGUGGUCAAGCGCAGCCAGAGCAUGCGCAGCCUGGGGCCCUGGCCCCCCGCCUGUAAGCACCCCCCCGACGGCCCCCUGCCCCAGGACUUCCUCUACGACCUCUACGCCGUGUGCAACCACCACGGGGGCAUGCACGGCGGCCAUUACACCGCAUACUGUAGGAACUCAGUGGACGGCCAGUGGUACAGCUAUGAUGACAGCAGUGUGGACCUGGUGCCCGAUGAGGAGCUGCGGACGCGCGGCGCCUACAUCCUCUUCUACCAGCGGCGCAACGCCAUCCCGCCCUGGUCUGCCAACAGCUCCGUCAGGGGUUCCACCAGCUCCUCCAUGUCUGACCACUGGUUGAUCCGCCUGGCGGGGGAGAGCAAGAGAGGGAGCGUGGUCUCACGGAGCUCCACCACCUGCCCCUCCUCCAUCCCAGACUCCCCCGAGUCCCCGGUCUUCCACGAGGAGCCAUCCAAAGAUGAGAGAGGUUUGUCAUUACUGUCUUCCGCCAUGCUCAAUAGAGUCUCCAUUAACUUGCUGGGCAUUUGGGCUAUUAUUUCCAUUAAAAAUAGGAAGAUCAAAGUAAUUCAGUAAUUCCUGCGUUAUUAUGAGAACAA